AUGCCCCCGGAGGAGGGGCUGCAAAGCCAGCCCAGGGAGCUGUGAGGAGGAAAGAGCCGUCCUGUGCCGGGAAGGCGGCCAGAGCUUGAGCCGGAGCUCCGAGCUGGUGGUCCCUGAGCAGCCUCCCAGCAGGGAGAAGCCCUUCAGGUGCUUGGAAUGUGGGAAGAGCUUCAGGAAGAGCUCCCACCUCCUCAGGCACCAGCACAUCCACACUGGGGAACGGCCCUACACGUGUAGGGAAUGUGGGAAGAGCUUCAGGAGCAACUCCCACCUGAUCCAACACCAGCUCGUCCACACUGGGGAAUGGCCCUACACGUGUGAGGAAUGCGGGAAGAGCUUCAGUUACAGCUCCACCCUCCUUGCCCACCAGCGUACCCACACUGGGGAACGGCCUUACACAUGUGGGGAAUGUGGGAAGAGCUUCAGGACCAGCUCCUACCUCCGCACCCACCAGCGCAUCCACACUGAGGAACGGCCCUACAAGUGUGGGGAAUGUGGGAAAAGCUUCAUUGAUAGAUCCAGCCUGAUCAAUCACCAGCGUAUGCACACUGGGGAACAACCCUACAAGUGCUUGGAAUGUGGGAAGAGGUUUCAGCGCAGCUCAACUCUCAUCAGGCAUGGGCAGUCACACACAGGGGAGAGGCCCUUCCGCUGCACCGACUGCGGGAAGGGCUUCAACCGGAACUUCACCCUCAUCAUCCACCGGCGCAUCCACACCGGGGAGAGGCCCUACAAGUGUGGGGAGUGUGGGAAGAGCUUCAGCUACAGAGGUAACUUGACCUCCCACCAACGGACCCACCGGUAAGAGAAGCCCCACGAGUGCCCCGACUGCGGGAAGAGCCUCGGCCACUGCUCCCACCCUGAAUGACCCCCCUGAUGGUG